AUGUUAAAAGCUGAAAUUAAGGAUGCACCUGUUAAACCAAAGCGGAAGCAGUGCACAAGGGACUCGGAAAUGUAUAAAAAACAAGUGCAACUUGUUGAAGAUGACUGGAAAGCAUAUUUGUCCAGCAACAUUUGCAUACAAAUUACCGCCUGGCUAUUACUCACCGUCGGUUUGUGUAUAAUUGUAAGCACCAUUUAUGUGGGAAUAGUUCUACGGCAGAACGAUGUGACAAGCGUUAGCGAAGAUUACGGAUAUUCAACUGACAAUACUACGGCGGCUACCUAUACAACAACUAUGGGAAUAAUGCUGAAUAAGAGCGUCAGAGCUCACGUAGCAGUGGCCACAGAAGUUAGAGGUGAGGGGUGCAGAGAGUAUAAUUGCACGGUCACUUGUAUUCGUACAAAUGCAGAUAUUCUAUAUGAAAGUAUCUACAACACCUGUGUGGCGUCCAGCUGCCAAGUCAUUGAUGCAAUUGAUAUUAUAGAACAAACACUUCCACUUGGUUUAUUACGAAAUGGCUGGCUCGAUUUCAGCCGACCAGUCUACGAGUUAAAUCUGAAAAACAGCAAUAUUACGCACAUCAGAAGUGGCGCAUUUAACUCCCCUCUAUUUGCCGAUACAUAUUUAUUAUCGCUGAUAGACUUGAAAUUGAAAAGAGUAGGUGGAGGUGCACUAAUUGGAUUGAAAUCGCUGCGUUAUUUGAUUAUCGACACACAGCUAAACGAAAUAAAUCGUGCCUUCCUGCAGCCCGUACAAUUAACGCUGCUACAUUUGCGUAUCAAUAGCGGUUUGACCAUAUUGUCCGGACAAAAAAUAUUUGGUGUAAGCACGCUGACAAGAUUGGAGUUUGCUGACCUAAGUCAUAACGUAUUCGCUGGGCCACUAACGCGGCAAAUGUUUCUUGCCACGCCCAACUUGCAUUACCUGCAUAUUAUGAGUUCGCAAAUUACUGCUAUAGGCGUGGAUGCGUUUCAGGACCUGAAGCACCUGCAAGUGGUAGAUCUGUCCGAUAACUUGCUUGCAACUAUAUCCAUUACUGCGCUAAAGCCAUUGCUCUUUGGGCGUAAACCCACACUCGUUAACUUGGCGUACAACAAAUGGCAUUGCGAUUGUGAUUUGCAGGAGUUCACUAAAUUUUAUCGAAUAUAUCGUAACCAAUUUUUGGGUACACUCUACUGUCACUCCCCGUUUCGUCAUAAUGGUGAGCUCUUAAGUGAAAUUUUAUUUGCGAAUGAUGAUUGUGCUACGGAAACAACAACGAAUUAUGAGGGGAUUAUUGGGGAGUUGGUAAACAUUUCAGCUACAUCAACAAUGUCAGAUCUAUCAAAAGUCCCUAGUACAACAAAACCAGCAACAUCGCUUGCUCGUACUACAUCUGAAGUACCCACUAUCGAAGUAACCGCACUAACACCACCCGACAGAGGCAACGGUCGCUCGAGCUCUGAGGAUUUAGGUAUCAUUCAACUGCGUUGCUUAAAUUCAUCGUAUGAACAGAAGUCAUCCAAAAUUAAACGCGCAGUUGAAAUAAUAAUUCAGUCAACAGAAUCUGCUGACUCGCAGGAAAAUGCAAACAAUUUGAACAACUCAAGUGAAGAAAGUUCAGAAAGUGAGCAAAGUGAUGAGAUCGCAAGCAGCAACCCAUUUACUCGUCGUCCGGUGGAGUUUUCUACGAGCGAGCCUACAUAUAGUCCUAGCAAGGACGAAGUGACCACUACUCGGUCUCGCCAUAAAAAUAGUCGCAAUUCAAUCGUGGCCUUUUACGAAUUCGAGGUACCGUCAUAUACUUUCAAUUUGACCUUGCUGCCCAAUAAUUCGGUAAAAGUUGUCAUAAAGGACUACAAUAGUCAACCAGUGAUAAAUGUAAUAUGGUUUAGACGAAAAAACGAUACAGCUAUUCGAGUGGAUGGGGAAGCUGCAAAAAAUAUCGAUUACAAUUGCGAAAUGUAUCAGGAGCCAUAUCUGAUUGCCAACAAUCUCACUAAAAAUUACACUUACACGUUUUGCAUGCUGCCGCUAACCGCAAACAGCUAUACCAUCUCACCAUUCAAUUGCCAACCUAUGCAUGUGCCCACAAAUCGACUGGGUGGUGAAGAAAGCGAAACCUGGAUUUCCGCGGAUGAAAAGCAAUUCACUAUUGGUAUGCUGUGUAUAAUUUUUACUUUAUCGACAUUCUUUGGCGGAAUUAUAGCAUAUUUUGGUAUCAAAACCUAUCCAGAAUUGUUGGAGGGUUCGAAAAAUGUAUUGGUGGUAAAAAGUUCUGAACCUGAAACAGAUUAUUUGAAAAGCAUGGAUUCAAUUAAAAAGCAACCACUCAGCAGACGUUCUACAAGAAAGCUCAUACCUUCAUCACUGGAGACGCCUCCAUUAUCAUUGCCGCCACCGCCACCACCACCACCACCUUUUUGCGUAUCCACCCAUGAUUUGGAACGUUUGUCAAGCGUCAAAUCUUCAUCGACAUUUUUCGAAAGCUCCUUUGGUCCAUCACCAUUCGCCGUAGUCGAUGAUCAAUAUGAAUUGCCCAAGCAAUAUAGCCACACCAUCGACGAGGAACGUUGUAUAGCCAAUGCGUAUGCAAAGAGUCCAUGUUCGCCACCACCGUUGCCCAAACGAAAUCUCAGCAUAACUUCUUCGAUUGGCACCAACCAUAGCAUAAAAGCGGAUUAA